AUGUUCAAUGGCGAUUCAAUGAAUCCGAAAGAGCCGAACUUAUUCGAUAAAUUACCAGCAUGGCUCAAUAAACAUCCUUCAACAGAUGCUUGUAGUGUAGCUGAUAAAAUUAUUUCAACAAUCAAAGGACACUAUGAUUCUAUUCAAGUUGUUGGUUUCUGUUACGGUGGUAAAAUAGUGAUUCAUUUGAUUACACAUCCGGAAUUAUCGUCGUCCGUAAAAGCAGCUGUUGUAGCUCAUCCAUCGUUUCUAGUCAAAGAAGAAGCAAAACAAAUCAAACGACCGAUCCUAUUUCAAUGUGCUGAAAUCGAUGAAAGAUUUACACCCGAUAUACGUGAACAUUUUCAAAAAGAACUGACUCAAAGUGGUCUUGGAAAAUUUAUCGAUUAUCCUAGCACUUCUCAUGGAUUUGUUGUUCGACUUGAUGGCAGUCAACAAGUCGAAAAACAAAAAAACAAAGCUAUUGCAGAUGCCAUCGAAUAUCUGAAAAAGAAAUUCUAG